UCUGUUAUAACCUUUAUUAAAUACUACUUCAAUGAAGAAAGAUUAAAAAAACCCUACAAAAUUCCAACUGAUAAUUACCCCAUUCAGACGUUGGUGAAUAUGUCCCUCAGUCCAAGUCAACCUUCCUCAUCAGAGUUGGUAGAACUUCAUGUUUUUUAUGUCCCUGAAGGAUCUUGGAACUAUCAGUUAAAUACCAUUUCAAUAGAAGUUGUUAACAAAUUAAUUUUAGCUGGAUUUAUAAGAGUAUCUCCUCACCUUACUUUACAGGCGCUGAGGGAGCAACUGGGUGAGUUCCUUGGUGAAGAUCCUGUUGCAGAAAAAUUUUUAUUUCUGAAAUGCAUUGGAAAUAAUCUAGCUGUAGUGAAGGCAAAGCAAGAGUCAGAACUGAAACUCAAAUCAUUUGCUCCUCCAUAUGCUCUUCAACCAGAAUUAUAUUUGCUUCCUAUAAUGGAUCAUUUAGGAAAUAUUUAUUCAGCAUCAGCAGCAGUUUCUUUAGAUGCGCAGCAGACUAAUAAUGGUGUUGCUGAGGCUGAUGGAAUAAUACACAGACCACUUAGUGUAACUUUGUCAAAGGAAGAACCUGGAACAGAUCCCAGUUGUUUAGAAAACACUUUGAAAAAGCUUCUUAACAAGAAUCAGGAAGAAGCUGGGGGAAACUCCACUCCAAAUGAAAAUCAGACUGGAAAUAAUCAAAUUGGAAAUUCUGAAUUGCCAGGAUCACAGGAAGAUUCAAAUAAUGAUUAUUUUAGCGGCAAAAAAAGUGAGUUUCUUUGGAAAAAUGAAGGUGAUAGAACUAAUAUCAUUAGAAGAGAGGACAAUCAGCUAGGUAAAAAAGAGUACAUCAGCCUACCAGACCUUAUUGAUUUUCCUUCAGUUUCUUGUCAACCUGCUCUUUCUCCAGGAAUAACUGAUACAUCAUUAUUACAGAUUGAGACCUGUGAUGUUUGGAAGAAAAAGUACUUUGAAACAAAGAAAGUUACAGCAUUAUUGGAGGAGGUUUUAACAAAACUUCGAGAAGAUUUGGAACUUUACUAUAAAAAAUUGUUCAUUCAGCUUGAAGCCAGGGAGAUCAAGAUGAGACCAAAGAAUCUGGCAACCAUCACAGACUCUAAGAAUUACCUUAUCAUCCAGAUCACUGAAGUACAGCAUGCGACUGACCAACUUAAGAGAAAAUUGGGUACUGACAAAGUGACACUGAUAACAGAAAUUAAGAUGAGAAAACAAGCAGUUUCAGAUUUACGCACAUUGAAAGCUGAACUGGCACAGAAGAAAUUUAAUACAUCUUUUCAAUCUCAAUAAGGGCCUCUCACCGUUGUGGCCUCUCCCGCUGCGGAGCGCAGGCUCCGGACGCGCAGGCUCAGCGGCCAUGGCUCACGGGCCCAGCCGCUCCGCGGCACGUGGGAUCCUCCCGGACCGGGGCACGAACCCGCGUCCCCUGCAUCGGCAGGCGGA